AUGCGACUGCACGAUUUACCUGACGAUGUCUUGAUCCCCAUUUUCGCCUGCUGCGACAUUGAUUCACUAUUUGCAGCGCGACUAGUAUCGAGACCUCUACGUUCUCUUAUUGACGGUUAUAUUAGAACGAUCGCGCCAUCAGUUGCAGCCAACACAUUCCCCAGAGCGGCUUCACUCCUAAAGCGACCCGAGAAAGGAUAUUCACUGCGAUGGUUGAGAGGCCUAAUUCCAGCACACCUAGCAGCAAUAGCGUUGGAUAAGGACAAACUACGUCGACACUCAUAUGUGAACGCCGGAUUUCCUUACGGUAUUCCAUUCGAAAAUGACUGCCCAGAAGCAAUGCACUGGAGAACACGCGUGGCCAAGGGUUGGCGACUCCUUCGAGGCUUCUACCUUAUCUCGCGAGACGUGUACGCGAAAAGCAUGGAAGAAUUAGAACAUGGGCGUCCGAAGAUGUUUAGAAGGGUCAGUAAUGGCAUGAGGACCAGUUCGUUGUGGCAGAACGUCAGCUGUCCCUAUCAAGCAUGCACUGAACAUGGCGUAUGGGGAUUAUUUGACAACAAGAAGAGAAGAGAAAGCGACCAUUGCCCGGGAGCAAAUAGAAAAGGCCACGAAGGCGAUUGGGUCGAGGAGGCUCGGAAAAGAGAGACGCUGAUACUGAAGAAGCGGCUUGAAUGGCUCGAAACUCUAUCCAACCAGGACCUCAUGGAUUACCUAUGUCUUUGGCGUCUCCUCAUGUGGGUUUUCAGACCCUACAGAAGACCCGAAUCGACCGUCUUAGAAUGCGUAGGGAAUCGCAGCAAGCAUGUCCCGAAGUCGAGUUUCAAGGCGGAAAUCAGUGGCAUCUUGCACGGCUGUUCCUGGUUGAAUUGGUUGGUCUUACACAUUGGCACGACACCAUUCUGGCGACAAUGGUGGGCUCCUAAAUCUUCGAAAGAUGCGAAUGCGGUGAGAGAUCUGGUAUGGAGCAUUUGGAGCCAGCGCUCGCAUCAUCAAGUGGAACUGGAAAGAGAGUUCGUCGCCAAGUUCGAAUUUGUUCUCCGAAAACGCUGUCUUUCGUCCGAUCGCGUGAAGCGUCUCGAGGACGAGAUAGCAACCGGCCGAGUCGUGAAAACAAUCAGCCUAGAUUGUAUACCAUGGGAGUACGAUCAACCCCCAAUCAUUAGCAGAACGCCGUCCGAUUUUCCGUGGUACGAACCAAGUCAGUACUUGUGGAUGUCUGGAAAUAUAUGGAUGGUCUUGGGGAGCCCCGGCCGACCUCUAGGUGUCUUCAAAUAUCAGGGAGACCCAUCGGACGAGGAAAUGGUUGCUGAGCAAUUUGUCAAGGGAUCUUUGGACAAUGUACAACACCUGGUAUACCUAGGCUUAGAGGACAUGAAGAUGCAGUUCCCUCUGAUGCAUUUUUCCCACUGGUCGAUCCUCGCCGCCUUUGGAGCUGACUGCAUUCAUUCUGGCGUUGAUGGACAGAACUGGACGGUUGGAGAAUGUUCUGGUGUUGUCAAGGCUGGAGUUGGCAGGCUGCUUUCAGUGGAUCGCGGAAAGCUUGGCAGGGCUAACCAAUCAGAGCGCGUCUUCCUCCGCGUACCGAAGUUGGACUGGCUGGGCUUCGAAUUUCCCAACCCCAUCGCGGCGGCCUGGGACCUGAAACAAACACUCGACUCCAGUACACUUGUUCACUAA